UACAUUGAAAAUCUGUGUAGGAAUUUUUGAGGUUAUGUUGAAGAAAUGACUAAAUUUGAAAAGAAAAAAAUUAUCUUUAUCCCCAAUUCCUUAGAAAAACGGAAAUCUGGGUUAUUAGAAGGUUUUUCCAAAGAAUUUCAAGACUGCGAAGCUUUUUUCAUUACCAAUAAUAAAGUUACCAAAGAUACUUCCAGAUGUAUAGGUUAUAUAAGUAAGAAAGAUGCCAAAGAUUUGAAAUCCCUUAAUGGGGGUCAGUGGGUUCACAUAAAUCCUCUAAACUGUUCUGUUACUUUACCGAAUGCACACCAUGAUAAGAUAUUGAAAGUAUAUUAUGAAUUAGAUGUUUUCGGUAGGAUUCACAGGAUACAACCCAAUACGAUGGAUUUGGGGGUUUAUUUUCAAGAACUCAUUUCAUACUUCAGAAAUAAACGAGUAAUUUCACAUACAAAUGGAACAAAAAGCCUUAAAGAACUAAUAGCUUUGUUCAUAAUUAAAUUUCUUGAUGUGGUAUUGAAUAUUAUUAACUAUAAAAAAAUAAUAAAAUAUUCUUCUACUAUAAAUUAUUUUGGGGAAAGCUGCAUGCUUGGAAAAUGGUUGCUAUUAAGUCUGAUAAGAAGAGAAAAUGGACCUAAGAUAAUAAAUUUAUUAGUAUCCAUAGCAUUUGAUUUAAUGCUGGGCUUGUAUAUUAUCAAAUAUUUUAUUGAUUACGAAAAAGAUGUUCUGUUUUUUAUUGAAGAUAUCGGAGAGGUUGCUAUCGUAACACUGAAACAGUUGCUGAAUUAUCUUAUGGGUUCUCCGAUUGGACUCAAACUUAACCAUGCAUUUAAUCAUGCACUUGGAUUAUUUUUUUUUUAUAACAUCAAUCUUUGGAAACUUUUCAUUCAGGGAUUAUAUCCAAUGCUCCUGAAUUACUUACAGUAUUUGAUUAAGUCUGGCGUGUUUGGGUUUUCAUUUCAGUUAGCAUUAAUUUCAGAUAUAUUAUCAUUGACAACAUUUCAUGUGUAUUGUAUUUAUGUGUAUGCAGCUAAGUUAUUUCAACUUCAAGUUAAAAGUAUUAUUUCUUUAUGGCGUUUGUUUAUUGGGAGAAAAUACAAUCCACUGAGGGAAAGAGUAGAUUCUUGUCAUUACACACAACAUCAGCUUUUCAUUGGUACUUUGGGAUUCACGAUUCUUCUUUUUUUACUGCCUACUACUACUUUAUAUUAUGUAGUUUUCACAACGCUACGUUUAGUUUUUAUGAUAGUAAAUGGAAUAUUAUACAGACUGAGAUAUUUACUGAGGUGCCUUCCAAUAUAUGUAACUCUUCUAUGGAUUUUAAAUUCUUCAACGUUAGCCGGAAAUUUAGAGUUAGAAUUUAGGCAGUUCGAGAAUGACGACAAUUUGAGCGUUAAUGUUAAAAUGAAGUCGCUUCCCUUUCGUACAAGUCUUGGCAUCUUCAAACCUGAUGUUAUUGAGCCAAUCGAUGGGUUGAAAUGGGGAGCAGUCGUGCACAAAUUGUUUACUGGAAUACUUAUUUGAUAAUUCCAUUCGAAGAUGUUUUUCCAAAGUUUUUUUUUUCAAUAAUCCUUCAAUCUACCUCUUAUUGUAUAUAAUUGUAAAAAAAAUAGUUUUAUUCAAAAGGUCAGUUUGUGAGGUGCCAUUCUUUUAAAUAUUUAACUAAUAUUUGAAUAGGUUUUUCUCUUGGGUAAUCCGAUACGCUGAUGUGGGAAAAAUGAAAACCUGC